UACACCGUCAAUCCCAAAUCACAUUCUCUUCCAACUAGGGUUUAUCAUUCAUCAUCAAGAUCCAUCACAUUCAACAAAAUGAGUUCCAAAGGCGAUACCGAUUCUAAGAAAGGCGGCAGAGGCAAGUCCAAGGCCACGAAAUCAGUCUCCCGAUCUUCCAAAGCCGGACUCCAGUUCCCCGUCGGCAGGAUUGCUAGAUUCCUCAAAGCCGGAAAGUAUGCGGAGCGUGUCGGUGCCGGAGCCCCUGUUUAUCUGUCGGCGGUCCUCGAAUACCUUGCCGCUGAGGUUUUGGAGUUAGCGGGAAAUGCUGCAAGGGAUAACAAGAAAAGCAGAAUAGUUCCAAGGCACAUACAAUUAGCGGUAAGGAAUGAUGAAGAACUGAGCAAGUUGUUGGGUUCGGUGACGAUUGCAAACGGUGGUGUUUUACCCAACAUUCAUCAGACUUUGCUACCACAUAAGGUUGGCAAGGAUAAAGGAGAUAUUGGUUCUGCUUCUCAGGAGUUUUAGAGACAGAUUUUUCUGUUUCGUAAUCAACUUUAUUUUGUCUGCAUUUUGCUUACAGUAUUUUGUAAAAAUGAUGUUCACUUUGGCAUUUGAAGUUGUUAUGAUGGUUAUGCCUAAUCGGGUUUCAGCAAUAUAAACAAUUUUGGCUAGAAGUUUUUAUGCUA